AUUGUUGCUUCCGGAGGUUGAACUAUAGGGAGAUCCUGGAGGUAGAAGACGGCGCCGUUUUGGAUAUCACAGUGUAUGGCCUUGGAGCCGGUCGUAACUCUGAGAAUGGGUCCAGAGAGGAUCUGUCCAAAUGAACAUGAUGAGCUGGGGCUACAAGAGGUAUCUGAUGGAACUGCGGAACCUGCUGGGGACUGGAGUAGCGAGGAACCGGAGGAGGAGGAGGAGGAGGAAGGUAGCAGUCAUGGUUACUUGUAUCAGCCCCUGAACCAAGAUCCAGACCAGGGACCAACAACAGUUGAAGAAACAGUUCCUAGCACAGAUCCAGUCCUUGACAUCCAUGAGCGACUUCAGGCAAUGAGACUGCACCUGCCUGAUCCACCUGUGGACAGCGAUGAAGAAGGAUCCACCGCUCAGAGCAGUCGAAGUUCCAUCCCUAUGGAUCCAGAACAUGUGGAGUUGGUGAAGAGAACAAUGGCUGGAGUCAAGCUCCCCACACUGGGAAUUCCUGCAUGGGCCAACGAGAUCUCAGAUGAUCAGUGGCAAGCCAUGGUGCAGCGAACACUGCAAGCCCGCCAGAGUCCGAUCAGUUCUAGGCCAGAAUGGAAAUGAAGAUGCAGAGCCAAUGGUGGAUUCUCUGCCUAGAAGGGAAACUUUUCCUUGAGUGUAAAGUGCUGCACUUUAAACCUCUUUCUCUUUGUGUGAACAGGUCAGGCAGAAACUUACCUUCUACCAGCAUUGAAGCUGGGUGUUCUUUUUGUUGCAUUGAAAAUGUGGCUCUAAUGCACCAGAUGUUUGUAACUUCUAAUUGUUGCUAGUGGGUGGUGAUGACUGUUGCAGGGACCUGGGCCUUGAGGAUGUUUCCUGACUUUUGAAAAGCCGGCCAGUCAUAUCAGCCGCUGUGACAUGACCCUUCCGCCUUUGACAUGCAUAGUCUAGCCCUAGUGUUUUUCCCUUCCCAAUUGGCUUACAAGCUAAAGAGCUAAACAGGGGCCAUAAGGUGGAGUCGUGUGUUGUCUUUUCAAGAGAUCCAUUUUAUUUAGUUCUGUACAUACAGGGACAUCUGUACAAAAUCCAACACUGUCAUACUAUGUAAUACUCUACUGAAAAUAAAGUACACCAUAUGUACAUAUGAA